AUGCCGAGCAGCAGUCAGCACAGUUUCAUAAGAGCUAUUGUGGCUCUAAAGGACUCCACAAUGGUUGGAUUGGCAAGGGUAAACAGUGGUCACAAGGAAGUAGAGAUUGCCGUUGUCAAGGCGACCGACCGUAAGGAAGAGAUUCCAAAGGAGAAAUAUGUCAGGACUAUCUUGGCUGCUGCUGGGAGUCGCUACGAUGCCGCUUUUUGCAUACACACACUGUUGAAGCGUCUUUCUAAAACACGUACUUGGACGAGAAACGGAAGGCUCGACACCCCGGAUCUGCUAGAUCAGCUACCUGUCUUGCAAGAGCUCCUUGGUCGCCUUCUUAAUUGCAAGCCAGUGGGGUCAGCUUUUUACAGCCACUUGAUUCAUUAUGUUGUAUCAAUUAUUGCAGGUGAAAGUGUUAAAUUGUACAUUGCAAUUAGUGAUGGAGUUCUAAAUCUGGUUGACAAGUAUUUCGAGAUGCAGCGCGACCAUGCUCUUAGGGCCCUAGAGAUUUAUAAGAAGGUGGGAGAACAGGCCACGCAGUUAUCAGAAUUCUUUGAGAUCUGCAGGGGCCUUCACUAUGGGCAAGGGCAGAAGUACCUUAAGAUUAAACCGCUCCCUGAUUCAUUUCUGAUAGCCAUGGAGGAAUAUGUGAAAGAUACUCCUGAAGUUUUGGCACUUCCAUAUUAUACAUCAGUAUGAUGCCUCAACACGUCAUUUUACUUGAUAGCUAUCUUAUC